AUGCUCUUCCUCACUUUCCUUCUCUUUCUGCCCCUAUCCUUCCUCAUCAUCCUACGGCGCUGGUCCACCAACAACGAAAACGUCGAUGUCGUAUCGAAGCUGAGCCGUCGUCGUCUCCCUCCAGGCCCAUGGAAGCUCCCCAUCAUCGGCAACCUCCACCAGCUGGCGCUCCACCCUCUCCCCCACGUCCGGCUUCGAGACCUGGCCCUCAAGCACGGCCCCUUGAUGCACCUCCAGCUCGGCGAGGCCUCGACAGUCGUCGUUUCGUCCCCGGAGGUCGCUAGGGAGGUGAUGAGAACCCACGACGUCAACUUCUCGAACCGCCCCCUCCUCGCCUCUGCCAGGGUCUUCACCUACGACUUCAGCAGCCUCUCGUUCUCGCCCCACGGCGAGUACUGGAGGCGACUCCGAAAGAUCUUCGCCCUCGAGCUGCUCAGCAGCUCGAGGGUCCACUCUUUCCGGUCCAUUAGGGAAGAGGAGGCGGCCCAGGCAGUCGCUGGGCUCGCCCGUGCUGCUGCAGCAGCACGCUCGGCGCCUGUAAACCUCAGCAGGUUGGUGUACGAGUGGACGAGCUCCGUCACAGCGAGGGCGGCUUUCGGAGGGAAGACCGGUGAGGAUCAGGCCGAAUUUUUCACUAUUGCGGACGAGAUCCUGCGGGAGGCUGCAGGGUUUAGCCUGGCAGACGUGUUCCCAUCUCGCAGAUGGCUACACAGGAUUUGCGGGAUCGAGGCCACGUUGGUCGACAUUCGUCGGCGACUAGACCGUGUGCUCGACAAUAUAAUUUCCGACCAUAGGGCUAAAAGGACGAGGGGCAGCGACGACGAUGAUGGUUGUAGUACUGGAACGGCCAAAGAUCUAAUAGAUGUGCUACUGAAGCUGCAGGAGGAUGGGCAGCUUGAUUUUCCCUUGGGGGAUGACAGUCUUAAGGCCGUUAUUAUGGACAUAUUCGUAGGUGGCACUGAAACUUCCUCCACGACAGUUGAAUGGGCAAUGUCCGAAUUGUUGAGAGACGAAAAGACGCUAAAAAAAGCACAAUCUGAGGUAAGGCGAGUGUUUGGCUCGACAGGGAUCGUAGAAGAAGCUCGUCUCGGCGAAUUGAAGUACCUGAAACUGGUACUAAAAGAAGUAUUGAGGCUUCGUCCAACUGCACCACUGCUACUUCCUAGACAAAACUCUGAGAGAUGUGAAAUUGAUGGGUACGAUGUUCCUGCUAAUACUAGAGUACUCAUCAAUGUAUGGGCCAUGGGAAGAGAUCCUAAGUACUGGGUGCAACCCGAUGAAUUUAUUCCCGAACGAUUCUUAGAUUCGUCUCUCGAUUACAAAGGAACGAAUUACGAGUUCAUUCCUUUCGGAGCGGGAAGAAGGAUGUGUCCGGGUAUGGCAUUUGGGAUGGCGAAUGUCGAACUUCAACUGGCAAACUUGUUGUACCAUUUCGACUGGGAGCUUCCUGAAAACGAGGGAAGCUUUGAAGAUCUAGACAUGUCUGAAACUUUUGGUGUGACGGUGAAAAGGAAACACGAUCUGUGUUUAAUUCCCGUCUCUUACUUACCCUGCCUUGCACCAACAUAAACUACCCAUAAUUUGGUAUGAAGCCUUUCUUUGGUUC